AUGUUUAGUCCGUUCACCCAGCCUGGAGAUGGGGAGAAGUCUCUGGGCUGCUGUCUUCACCUGCUCUGCUGCUUCGCUCCUCAAGGGACACUGAAGCAGCACGGAUUAACGAAAACGUUUGUCACCAUGGACACUGCUCUUGGCAAUCUCCAGAGCUUGUAUGACAAGCUUCUCACUCAAGUAGAUGUGCUGAAUGACAGCAUUGAGCCCAGCUUCAUUCAGAUGGCAGUGAACUUUGAAGAUUGCCGUCGUAAGUGGCUGAGGGCUGAGCAGGACCUUGGGUCGUGUAAAGAGAUUCUUACCAAAACAGAGACUGAAAGGGGAGCCCUAGAGGUCAAACUGAAACAUGCCCGAAACCAAGUGGAUGUGGAGAUCCGGCGCAGACAAAAGGCUGAAGCUGACUGUGACAAAUUGGAUCGCCAAAUCCAGUUAAUCCGGGAGCUGCUCAUCAGUGAAGGUUCUGCUAGUAUUCAGCUCAGUGCAGAACAGCGCUCUGCUUUGGCUUUUCUAAACCCCAACAACCAGGCAGGAUCCAAUCUUAACACUAGUCGCAGACUCCAGAGAAUUGAUGAAUCCGCCUCAAUCUUGUCAGAAUCAGACAUUAGCUACGACAAAACUAAUGAUUCCAUGGACUGGGAUGCUUCUACAGUGAGAACAGUGAGGCUCAAGAAGAGAGAGAAACGUCGCUCCUCCAGACAACAUGUUGAUGGGCCUCCAUGCACCUCGAAGCGUUCUCGUUCAACUGGAAAAACCUCCGGAAUGGGAAAUGAGACUCUGGUGACAAAGACCACAGUGGUUGUUCCUGCUAAUGGAGGACCAGUCGAGGCCAUUUCCACUAUUGAGACUGUGCCCUACUGGACCCGCAGCCGCAGAAGGACUGCUGCGAUGGAGUGGGAUUCAGAGUCUGUCAAAUCUGACGUGUUUAAGCAGCCGAGCCUACCUGAGGGAGAGAUCAAAACUCACCCGAGUACUCCCCAAAACACCGGAGGAGUGAGUCUCCACAAGUUUGUCUCCAAAACUGUAAUCAAACCGGAGUCGUGUGUUCCAUGUGGGAAGAGGAUCAAGUUUGGGAAGAUUUCUCUGAAGUGUCGCGACUGCAAAGUGGUGUCUCACCCAGAGUGUCGCGAGCGCUGCCCUCUGCCUUGUAUCCCUGCUCUGACAGCCACUCCAGUGAAGAUCGGGGAGGGGGUCUUGUCUGAUUAUGUUUCAGAGACGUCUCCCAUGAUUCCUCCUCUUGUUGUUUACUGUAUCAGUGAAAUCGAGCAGAGAGGACUGCAUGAGCCUGGCCUGUACCGUGUGUCAGGUGCUGACCGCACAGUGAAGGAGCUCAAGGAAAAGUUCCUCAGAAGCAAAACUCUCCCAGUUCUCAGCAAAGUGGACGACAUCCAUGCCAUCACUGGGCUGCUCAAGGACUUCCUCCGAAACCUGAAGGAACCUCUGCUCACUUUCCACCUCAACCAGCCCUUCAUGAACGCAGCCGAGAUUUCUGAUGAUGACAACAGCAUCGCCCUCAUGUAUCAAACGAUUGGUGAUCUGCCGCAGCCAAAUCGAGACACUCUGGCUAUUCUGAUGCUUCAUCUUCAGAAGGUGGCUGAAAAUGAAGAAACUCGCAUGUGCAUCAGUAACCUCGCUCGAGUAUUUGGCCCGACCAUCGUGGGCCACGCCGUCCCGAACCCUGAGCCCAUGACCAUCCUCCAGGACACCAAACGACAGCCCAAGGUGGUGGAGCGCCUGCUGGCUCUGCCCGUCGACUACUGGAGCCAGUUUUUGAAGGCUGAACACGAACAGCCCAAUCUCAACCACCUGAUUAUUGAGAAUGCAAACUGCUAUGCCACACCAGAGAGGGUGAGUAUGUUUGGACCCCUGACGACGCCGGACCAUCAGCUCACUAAAACUCCAUCCUCGAGCUCCUUGUCUCAGCGCAUGAAGAACACACUCACACCAAGGUUUGGGAACAAAAGCAAGUCGGCUGUCGGCUUUCCUCAAGGGAAAUUCUUUUCUUCUCCUUCGUUGAAUUGA